AUGACGAUCUUUUUUCAUGUUGGCUGCAAGGCAGGAGCAAGAGAGACGGCAGUGCCACCAGAUGGCAACAGGCUACUUCCUGCUUGGGCAUCACAUCUCAUCCGCAGCCAUCACGCAUUUGGUUUGGAACACUCUGCAAUGGCGCAUCAGGUCGACAAUCCGUCGUCUCCUCGGUCGUCGAACGGAGGGGCCGAUUCCUUCAAGGGAACGCCUGACACCCGAUUGACCUCGAUGAGUCCAGAUGAGAGCUCAAAGUCGUCCAGUCUGCUCAAGAGUUUUGCUCGAUCGGCCGCUAUCGCCACAUCGCCGGCAAGGCUUCCUACCGGCAGCUUUCGCAGCAGUGCGGGUUCGCACCUUGACAAGGAUCCUUUCAUCACCUCCAUCCAAGGCGUUGGCACAAGGUUGUCGCCAACAGCGUCGGCGUUCAGCCCUUUUGUCGGCAAUACCUACGUGCGCCUGCCAAAUGGAGAUGGUCCCAUUUCUGCUGCCUUGAGCACCGAUAUGGGAUUGUCGAGGAUCCUUAUCAUCUCGUCGCUAGCUCAAGUUUCUGCUCGAGAAGUAGAGGCUCUUCUAACGGAUCUAGGAAAAGAUGGCAAUCCCACUUAUGGCGCGCGAAACUUCAAGGCUCACAGCAGCGGUGUGUUUGUCUACUUUACAGACAUCAGAGACGCUUGCGCCUCGCAGACGAAGCUUCACCAAGCCGACAAAGAGUGGAAAGUUACCUUUGCCAAUCCGACACGUGUUGCCCAGUCUCAAGGUAACCACAUGGAGAUGGGACAAAGUGCAGGUAAUUCUGCAUCCCUUCAUCCGAUUCAGUGGGACAAGUUUACUAACUAUGCAGUCGGCCUUUCUCAUACGGGCCAGGUUCUGAUCUUUGCCGUGGUCCCCCCAGGAGCUGUCAUGGACCCAGUCCAAGUUAUGGGAGUGGCUCAUCGAUUCUUGCAGUCACACGGCCGCCUAUUUGCGUUUGUCAGGCAAUCCACUUUCCCAAACGGCUCUUUCCGAGCUGUUGUUGAGUUUUGUGACACCACUGCUGCCUUUCCUGUCAUACAAGUUUGCAGCGGUGGUAUUUCUACAGAGGGUAUUCAGCUCUUCGCAUCAGCAUACAACGUUGAUGCUUUGUCCGCCGCUGGACUCGCUGAAGUAGUGGAAGAGAUGGCUCUCAGCAAGAGAGCAGAUGAUCCAGACCAACGUUUUGGCUCUGUGAGCUCCAACUCCUCCCAGGCUGGUCAAGGCGAUCCGCACUAUAAUGCACCUAUUGCCAUGUACCCGUUCAUGCUCCAAACACCAUUCACCCCCGCGGUGCCGUAUAUGCUGGAUUCUUUCCUCCCAGCUGCGCAGACAGGCUCAGGGAGCCCAUUGGCCUCAUUUACUCCGCAGUAUCCCAUCUUUGGAACUUUGUACCAGACGCCACCCUCCCCAGCUCUCACAACCCAAAACAACUACAGUCCCUCCAGGGCCUUUUCAGGUGCUGAACGAGCAGACGCUCGCCGACAGAAUGCCAUGAGAAUCAGUCGAUCCACCUAUCAUAAUACUACAACUCACCACAACCACGUUGACAUCAAUCGUAUCCGUGAUGGCAUCGACGUCCGCACUACGAUCAUGCUUCGCAAUAUCCCCAACAAGGUAGACCAAGCCAUGCUGAAAAGAAUCAUUGACGAGUCCAGCUGGGGAAAGUACGAUUUUAUGUACCUUCGCAUCGACUUUGCCAACGACUGCAAUGUCGGAUAUGCAUUCAUUAACUUUGUAGACCCUCUGGAUAUAAUCGAUUUUGUCAAUGCUCGGGGAAACCAACGCUGGAACUGCUUCAAAAGCGACAAGGUGGCAGAGAUCUCAUAUGCCACUAUCCAGGGAAAGGACUGCCUGGUGCAGAAAUUUCGAAACAGUUCUGUGAUGUUGGAGGCUCCGCACUAUCGCCCUAAACUUUAUUACACGUCCAAUGGACCAAUGCCGGACCUUGCCGGACAAGAAGAGCCGUUUCCCGAGCCUGACAACCAGUCAAAGAUGAAGCGAAGCUGCGAAAAUGCCGAGCAUGUUGGACUCUUCACGCCCAACGCUGGGCAGCACUUUCGCGAUGAGCAGCGGCGCCGGCGAUCCCAAUAUGACCGAGGCACUCGUCUUGCAGCCCUUGAGGAGUACGACUAUGAGACGGCUAUACAGCAUCUUUACGGCAGCACGACCCAGUGA